AUGGAUGAAGGGCCAUCAUCAUCAUCAUCAGAAAAUCCAAAUGCAACUGUUGCGGUAUGUUCGGAUGAAAUAGCACCAGCAAUUCUUAGUACCAGCGGUACUUGGCUACGUCUUUCAAUGCCAUAUUUCCCGAAGAAAAGUGUGGUAUGGCGUUAUUUUGAUCUAUAUGAAUCAGAUGGAUAUAGUCGAGCUGAUACAGAAAGGAUUGUUAAAUGUCGUUUGAUGAGCUGUAUGCGAAAAGAAUUACGUUUGGAUGCGCAAUCAUCAACAAAAGGAAUGUGGGAGCAUUUACGUAACAAGCAUCCUGAUGAGGCUCUAAAAUGUGAAAAUGGUGCAGUAGCACCACAAGAAGAACCAAACAAUGGUGGAUCAAUGGAAAGUGCAAUAGCAACAAAUCAACAAGUAUUUGCUGCUUCAAGUCGUUUAAUGUCUGAUGUUUAUGCUCCAUACUCUUCAUUAGCUGAUGAGAAAAAGUAUGAAAUAAUCCAUCGGUUAAUUGGAAAAUUAUUAGAAAGUAUGCAAGAAUGUCAGGAUCGAGUACAUAUUAGCGAACAGUACAGCUUACUUUCAUUUGCUGAUUAUGCUCGAUUACUUGCUAAAGCUAAAACAACAACACAGUUUGUAUGCCGGGAGGCACCAUUAAUGUUACCCGAACCGGGAACAAUAGUAAUUUAUGAUAGUAAAGAUAGCGGUGAACUUGAUCUAGAUAUGUUACAGAUGCGUGAACAUUUAAGACAGGAUGGUUAUUCAUUUGAUAACAGUGAUAGUGGUUUGUUGCCCGAUAAUUUGUAUAUAACACGAUUUUUUAGUGGAUGUGGAGAUGAUUUUGAAGAUGGCCGAAUUAUGCGUUACGAAGUUACGACUACAUAUGAAGAUGCGGGUUAUGUUUUGUUUCAUUAUGUUAAGGGUACAAAAUACGAAGUAGGAUCAAGACGAAAUACAGGCGAAAUACCUGUUCAUUGCUAUAAGCCAAAAGCACCACGUUUGAAAAGAGUUGAUGAGAAUAAGAGAAGAGGAGCAGAUGCUUCAUCAAAUCGUGGAUCGCCAAUUUCACAUCAGUCAGUUAAAAUUAAGCGAAAUGAAUUAGAUGGAUUACAAGCAAUCGCUGGAUGUUUGCCGCCAAGUUUUCAAUUAUUUCUAGGAAACAUUAAAAUGGAAACAGAUAAAGAUGAAAAUCUUAAUGGUAUGGAUUUGUCGUUUGAGGAGAACGUGGAAACUAUUGGAAGUGGAGUGGACGAUUCUCAAAUUGAAGAUAAUUGUGUCAAUAUCACCGGAUUGUUGACAUCAUCCUAUCCAAACAGAGAUUUGAGGCAAACAUUGAGUGCACACGAUGUCAAAACGGAUACAAAAGUGGAAAAACGUGUUAUGAAUAUUCUGAAAAAAGCAGUUCGUGAUCAACGUCGAAGUAAAGUUCAUUACUUGGCUCGAAGAACAAAAAAUGUGAAUUGGGUGAAAGUUGCAGAUGAACUUCAAAAAAAAGCUGUUAUGAUAACUGCUGCAACGAACAAUGUUGGUACAGGAAUGACAGGAAAUUUGAUAGCAAAUGAAUUUGAGGAAGAAGAGGAAGAGGGACAUAAUAUUAAUGAUGAUGAUGGUGAUGAUGAUGAUGAUGAUGUUGAUAAUGAUAAUGAUAAUGCUGAUGGUAGUGAUGAGAAAAAUGUUAGUGAUGAACGUAUGAAUAAUAUUGCUUCAAAUUACGAUGAUUCAUCAAGCUGUGAUAUCCAAUUAUCAAAUACUCGAGAUAGUAAUGAUGUCUAG